CGGUACAAAAGUACGUACAAAUUUUAAAGCAACAGCCUGAUCGAUGAUUCAGUGAUUCAGCUCAACAGUUACCGGGUCCCUCCCCUUUGUAAUGCUGAUGGCACUGCUGAUACAUAUUGAUCCUUAUCUUUGUAAUGCUGACGGCACUGCUGAUACGUGUUGAUCACUCGUUUGUCCCUUCUCCUUGCCAACGACGGUCGAUGAUCGAAAGAGGAGAGAAACUGGUAAAAACUUCCUGUGAAUCCAUUCGGCAGCGCAGUCUCUGCAGACAUAUUUAGGAUGCCCUCUGGUAGACUUUGGACAAACAGCAAUCGACCCAUAUUAUCUACUCAUGUCUCAACCAAUUAUACUUUACGAUAUCCCAGGCCAAGGGCCUGUGAAAGCCAUGUCUGGCAACAUAUUCAAAGCAAGGUACACACUUGCCUACAAAGGCUUAGCCUUCAAAUCCGUCUGGGUUGAAUCGAAGGAUAUCGAAGAGCGGAUGAAAGCCAUUGGUGCCAAACCUACUGGGCGUAAACCUGAUGGAAGCGAUUUCUACACUCUCCCUGUUAUCCAGGACCCUUCUACGGGUGCCGUUGUCUCCGAUUCUUUCGCCAUCGCAGAAUACCUCGAGGAAACGUAUCCAUCCACAUCCACCGUCUUCCCCCGUGGUAGCAAAGCCCUCAUCAGCGUCUUUGAUUCCACUUUCAUGCAGGGUAUGGGCCCGAUGUUCCCGUUGAUAGCUACUACAGUCUACACGAAGAUAUUACCCACAAGCCGGGAAUAUUUCAGGGAAAAUGCCGAGAUUAGAUUUGGCACCAAGUUUGAGGAUAUUUCACCCGAAGGUCCGAAGCGCGAACAGCACUGGAAGAAUGCUAAGGAUUUUCUUGGGGUCGUUGACGGAUGGUAUUCGAAAAGCGGGGGUAAAUGGAUCAUGGGAGAUACGUUUUCGUACGCAGAUAUCAUUGCGGGUGCGUGGGUGAGGUGUUUUAAUGGUUUGUUUGAAGGGGAGAAAUGGGAAGAGAUCAGUACUUGGCACGGCGGACGCUGGGGUAGAUUACUCGAAGAGAUCAACAAGUAUCCUAUUCUGGACUAGCGCAUGUACAGUGAGAUUCUGUGACUAGUCAGAUACCUAAGUACCUUGUUUUACCAAGCAUUGCAAUUCAAUGUCACUGU